GACCAGGACACAGAUUGGCCGAUGUCUCAGGGUCGGUGGUGCUGUCAGCCCCGAGUCUUGUGGGAGACGCCUAUGGAGGCCUGGAGGGGGACGACGGGGAGGGCACCGGAGUGGACAGUGCCAUUUUCCAAGUGCCACGCAUUGGGAAGAAUAUUCCUAACGGCACAGAUAAAAACCAACUAGGGCCCACGGAAAAUGAAGGUGGUAAAACACAAGUAAUGGGGGAGAUCAAGGUCGCUCUCAAGAAGGAGGUGAAGACAGAAGGAGACCAAUUGGUUUUGGAGGUCCUUCAAUGCAGGAACAUCACUUACAAGUUCAAGAGUCCAGACCAUCUACCAGACCUGUACGUAAAGUUGUAUGUGGUGAAUGUCGCCACUCAAAAGAGGAUCAUCAAGAAGAAGACCAGAGUUUGUCGACAUGACAGAGAGCCUUCUUUCAACGAGACCUUCAGGUUCCCCCUCAACCCAACUGGACACUCCAUUCAGCUUUUCUUGGUGUCAAACGGGGGAAAGUUCGUGAAGAAGACCCUGAUAGGGGAAGCCUACAUCUGGCUCGACAACGUGGACAUGAGGAAGAGAGUGGUCAGCUGGCACAAGCUGUUUGUCAGCUCCACUCAGACCAACCCCUGAGCACCACCAGAAAAAAAAAAGCAGAUGUGCUCGAGCCACGGAAGGUGAAGUCGCAAUGAUCUAGAAUGUACUAGACAUCUGAUUUGACAAAAAGAUGAAUGAAAAAAAAAAGAGAAAAAGCAACAAGAGGAAUGAAAUGGAUCUAGUUGAAGUCCUCUAUCUGUUCUUUACUUUCCUGGUAUGCGUUCUAAGGAGGAGGGAAUGACGUGCUAAACACCAUAACAACUGUAUCAGUCCAACACUGCCAGCACACACCCACAUCCUCACAUGUCAAGAGUCUAUAGCGGCUGUGGAUUGCUUUUGAGAGCAUUGUUGCCUUUCUAUCCUUAGUUGUUAAUGCCCUGAUGCAUAUGAGACUUUGUUUUGGUGCUGUGCAACUGAGCUAACAUAUCUAUUUGAGAUAAAAGAUAGAAAAAAGAUGAAUUUCACUUGAUCAGAAAUCAAAAACUUUUGUUUGUUGGCAUUUUGUGUUUUUCUUCUCACACGAGAGUUGUCGUUGUAAUGCUUGAAUGAUGGUUGUGACGUGUGUGGACAUCAGUGCUCUUGACAUAUUUUAUGAUGAAGGAAUGCAAAGUGUUUCUGUAUAAUAGUCUUAAAGUUUUGUGUAAAGAGAAGAAGAAAAAAAGGCAUUAUGUAUUUGUAUAAGUCAGAGUUACGGAUGAGAACUGUACAGCACUUCAGAUUGUACAUAUCUCACAUGCAGGUUUCAGAGCAUAUCAGAGAAUCACAUUGUACAGUGUGAGGUUUAUAUAAUACACAAAGAUAUCAGAUUCAGUAUAUAUCUAAAUACAGUACACUGUAUAAGAGUUAUUCAUCUGUCACUAGACUAUAUAUAUAUAGAUAUAUAUUCAAAUAUAAACACAUGAUCUCUAUUAGACUGAGGCUGUGGGUGGCGCACUGACAAUCCAGUAGGCUACUUGAGGGUGUAGGCAGUCAUAAUAGCUGUUUUGUGAAUGUGGACCUAUGUGAGCUAACGGAUGCUCAUGAAAAAACAGCUCCUCGGUCCUCUGAUCACGCUGAUGUACCACUAAACAGAUAAUUUUUCGGUUAAAAGGGCGAGAUCCGGUGACCUCAUUGGCAUCAUGUUGUGAAGUGCAGGUCAGAAUAACUAUUAAAUGAAAGUUGAAGUCUGAAUAAAAACAUGAUGCAUUGAAUGUUACAAGCCAACUCUAGAGGACGACAAGAGUUUAAUCACACCUGUGUCAUGUGUACAUUUCACUUUCAAGGCUGUUGUAAGUUGCUCAGAGUAGACUUUGUUUUCUGUAGCCCAUACGGUGAUUCUAAUGUCAGAAUGGACUUCUCACAAGUUGUGUCAAAAACCAUGUGUAGAUCUGCACCUGUCAUUACUUCACAGUAUGGCAGCUCUGCUUACUCUGUGUUAGUGAAGCCCCCCCUUGGUCUGAGUUUGACCAAAAAUGUAUUUCAAUAUGAUGAAAACAAAACAAACAAAAAAAAAAACAAGUUAAAAUGUCAAGGUUCCCACUGUUUGUCUGACUGUGCUGUAAAACUCACUGUGGUGUUUUGUGUCAGUGACUCCUGUUUCAACACAGUGAACCAGCCUCUCUCACUGCCUGUGAACGCUCACUCAGGCCUGCCAGGGUUCAGUCCUAUCCGGGGGACUGAGGAACACAUAGGGCCAAGUGUCUCAGUACGCAUGAGCAGCAGAAGACCCCUGUAUGUGUCUUGUAAUGUUUUGCCACCAGAGCAACAUAAAAGUGAUGAAUAUAACUUAUCGAGUGACCCUCAGAGCUAACUGUCAGUGUGUUAAGGCAUAUCAAAGGGAUAAUGCAAUUUUUUUUUUUUUAAAGAAUGAAAUAUUUAAAACGUCAAACACACUUAGAACAUGAUGUCACUUCAAUUUCAACAAAAUAAGAAGAGAAAAGAGAAAAUAAUACGGAGGGGAUAUGUGGCAGGUUUUUCAGUAGUUACUUUGCUGUGCCAAUUUUUUUUUAAAUUAUUAUUAUUAUAGACCUAUUGGUUCUUAAUUCUAUGCAACAUAAAUGUGUUUGAAUGCAUUUGUUUUUUGAACUAAAUGUUAUGUCUAUGUUUAAAUAUGUCGUAUAGAAAAAAAAGAACUUUAAUUUGUACAUCCUUGAAAGAAAAGAUUAAAUAUAUUGAGUUUUUUACUGAUUCUAAUAUAAAUUGAUGUUAACGUCUGUUAACAUUAACAUUACGCUUGUGCACUUUAUUAUGACAUUGUUUAUUUUCUUGUCUCAUUUUAACUGUCGACAACAUGCAAGUUUAUGUGUUUUUUUUGUCUCUGCACUUGGAAUGAAGCGAAUGACGAUGUACAUGGUGGCAGAAAAAAUCUUUGGUGUGCAUUUUGUAUCAAUGUUGCUAAAAAGAAAACACAUGCAGACAUGUU